AUGGAAAAACAGGUGUGCUCAAUCUCUAAAGCCUGUUACUAUCAAGUGAGGAAUAUCGGUCGCAUCAGACAGUUCAUCACUAUGGAUGCCUGCAAGACACUUGUGCACUCACUUGUAACUUCCAGACUAGAUUACGGAAAUGCCUUAUUGUAUGGUGUACCUGCAAACGUGUCUGGUCGGCUCCAGAAACUUCAAAACACUGCAGCUCGUCUUGUCACUCGUACAAGGAAAAGAGACCACAUAACACAUGUUCUCAUGUCGCUUCAUUGGCUCCCUGUUGAAUACCGCUUCCAGUACAAGAUGCUCAUGUACACAUAUAAAGCUCUGAAUGGUUUAGCUCCUAUGUAUCUCAGGGAUCUUGUGACACCAUAUGUCCCAUCGAGAUCACUUCGAUCAGAACAUGAAAACUACUUGGUUGAGCCAAAGACCCGAACCAAAACAUAUGGGGACAGACGUUUUGAUAAAGCUGCUGCCUCCCUUUGGAAUCGUCUCCCUUUAAAAAUUAGGAGUGCCAGAAAAAUUGAUUCUUUUAAGACUCUUUUGAAGACCCAUCUUUUCAAAUUAGCUUUUAAUUAG